AUGGGUCUCUCACUUUACGAUAUGGUUGGUCAAGGUUUCUUAAGAGAAUCGGAUCUUGAAAAUUAUAUUUAUGAAUUAAUACCAACUAUGCAACAAUUAGCUCAAUUACAAGAAACAUUUUAUAAAUUUUAUGUUUGUACAGCUGUUCGAAAAUUUUUCUUUUUUCUUGAUCCAUUACGUACAGAAAAAAUAGCCAUUCCAGAUAUUUUAUGCAGUGGUUUUCUAGAUAAACUCUUAGAAGUACAUAAUUUUAAUCAUUGUAAAACGAAAAACACAUCUAAACUCUUUUUCUUCUAAUCGUUCUUUAUAGCGUGAAGAUGAUGCCGAUACUGAAGAUUUGGAAAAUAAUUGGUUCUCUUGU